CAUAUACAGAAUAAACAAACUAACAAUGUUUAGUAAAAAAAAAAGAUGUAAUUCACGUGUUUUCAUCAUAAUCUAUUGAAUUUACUAAUUAGAUUGUCAUGUUACUUUAUAAAUGAAACACAAGACUAUUGUCAUCAUCAUUAUGAUUAUCGUCAUCAUCACCAUGAUCGUCAUCAUGAUCAUGAUCAUCAUUGGAAAUCAUUUGUUUCACAUAUAUUUUUCAUCUAGUUUUGACUGGAUACUUUACUUUCAACCACACACACACACACUUGCACACACACACACACAUACAGAUUGGCGCACAUGUACUGACAAUAGCCCAUUUAAAGAAGCUUUCUAUAUAUCAUUCAUUCAUUUAUCCAACCAUCCAUUUCUCGAUUCACUUCGCUCAAUUUAUUUCCAUCAGAAUGAAUUGGAAUCUUUUUCAUAAGAAACAUUAUACUACUGAUAAUCAUUAUUCAUCUACUACACGUACAAUAUAUGCUCAUCAUUAUAAGAAUUUAAAUGGUGAAUUAUAUCAUCAUAAUUAUUGUAAUAAUCAUAUACAUUCAACACAUUAUAAAUGGUAUAAUUUUUUUUAUAAAAAUUUCUAUGAACAAUUUCAUAAUAUAGCAAAUAUUUAUUUUUUAUUAAUUAUUAUUACUUAUUUUUUUGUGGAUGAUAUUGGGAAUGCCUCAAUAACUAUUAUCCCAUUAAUUGUUAUCUUAACCAUCACAAUGAUUAAAGAUGGUUUAGAUGAUUUAUUACGUUAUCAUUUUGAUCAACAAUUAAAUUCUAUUGAAUAUUAUGUAUUAACAAUUGAUUUUCAUCGAAAAUCAAUAAAUUGGAUCUUAAAAAAAUCUUCUUUAUUAUUAGUUGGUGAUGUAAUUUAUUGUCAAAAUAAUCAAUCAUUUCCAUGUGAUUUAUUAUUAUUAUAUUCAUCUAAUAAUAAUGGACAAGUUAAUAUUACUACAAUGAAUUUAGAUGGUGAAACAACCAUUAAACAAUAUUAUUCAUUAAUUGAAUAUCAAUCAAUUUAUUCACAAUAUUCAAAUAAUCAUUUAAUUCAAACACAUUUGAAACAAUUCAAUUUUCAAUUUAUCAUUGAACAAUUAUAUUUACAUGUAAUAUGUCAACAACCCAAUGAGAAUUUAAUGACCUUUCAAGGUCAUUAUGAAACCGCUCAACAUUUAAAUCAUCAUCAUCAUGAUGGGGAUGAAGAUGAUAAUGGAACAUAUUUACCAUUAAAUAGGAAAAAUUUAGUAUUACGUGGAUCUAAAUUAAUAUCUACAGAUUAUAUUAUUGGUUUAGUAAUAUAUACUGGUAAAGAUACAAAAUUAUCAUUAAAUAGUAAAAAUUCACAAAGAAAAUAUAGUACACGUGAAAGAUUAUCUAAUAUUAUUUUAUUAAUGUUUAUGGUUGCCAUGGUAACUAUCACAUUCAUUGUUACUAUCAUAUCAACUUUAUGGAUAAAACAAAAUAUCAAUAAAAUAUGGUAUAUUACAUUUGAAUUAUUAACAAUAUGGCAAUUUAUUCGUAGUAUAUUUCGUUAUUUAUUUAUUAUUAAUUAUUUAAUACCAAUAUCUAUUAUAGUUACUAUAGAAUUUCAACAAUUAUUAUUAGCUUAUUUUAUAUCAAAUGAUAUUACUAUGUAUAAUUCUAUAGAGAAUAUUAAAAGUUAUGCAAAUAAUUCACAAUUAUCCGAUGAAUUAGGUCAAAUUGAAUUUUUAUUUUGUGAUAAAACUGGAACAUUAACACAAAAUUUAAUGAGAUUAAAAUCAUGUUGUUUAUUAUCUAAUGAACAAUUAUAUCAAUUUUAUAAUGAUCAUGAUGAGGAUCAAGAUCAAGAUCAGGAUCAGGAUGAUGAUCAUCAUAAUAAUACUACUGAAUUAACUACUUAUAAUGUAUUGAAUUCAUCUUUGAAAUUAUUAGAGAUGAAUGAAAAGUUUUGUGAAUUUUUAACUAUUAUAUCAUUAUGUCAUACUGUUGAAUUAAAAAAUCAUACUCAAAUGAUUAGUAAUAAUAAUAAUGAUAAUAAUAAUGUACAAGAAUCAUCAAUGAAUACUGAUGAACCAUCUAGAUUUUAUGAAUAUGAAGCAACAUCACCUGAUGAGAAAGCAUUAGUUGAAGGUGCUUCAAAACUUGGUGUUGUAUUUUCAGGCAAAGAACCUGAUUUCAAUGAGACUGGUUCAUAUAAAUUAUAUAUUGAUUAUUGGUCAUAUUCAUCAACAGGAAUAAAAGAGUCAAAUGAUGAAAAGUUUAUUGAUCGUCAAUGUUAUAUUAUUGAUGCUGUAUUGGAAUUUGAUCCAACACGUAAACGUAUGAGUGUUAUGGUACGUUAUCCUGAUGAAACAUGUUGUGUAUUGAGUAAAGGAGCAGAAACUGCAAUUUUAGACCCUGAGAGAUGCAGUACUACAUCUGGUUAUCUACGUUCACGUGCUAUUCAUUAUGUUAAUGAAUAUGCAAUUCAUGGUUUACGUACACUUGUAUUUGCUAAACGUAUAUUACAUAAAUCUAUUUAUAUGAAAUUAUUAGAACAGUUCAAAUAUGCCUCUAGUCUAUGCGAUAAUGAACGUAUUCAUGCAUUAAAACAAUGUUAUAAUGAAAUUGAAUAUGAUAUGAUACCAAUAUAUGUCACUGGUAUAGAAGAUAAAUUACAACCUGGUGUAAAAAAUUGUAUAAAAGCUUUAAAAGAAGCUGGAAUACAAAUAUGGAUAUUAACCGGUGAUAAAGCUGAAACAGCAAUUACAGUAAGUCAAUCUAUUGGACAUUUUACAUUGAAUAUGUCAUUAAUAAGAAUAAUGAAUUGUCAAACAUUACAAUCAACAGCAUAUAAAAUUUAUGAACAAUUAGAUGCAUUAUAUACAUAUCAUAAUGAUCAUAAACAAAAACCUAAUCAUCAUUCUAUAUUAACAAUGUCAAGGAUUAAAACAAUAAAUUAUAAUAGAAAUUCAUUUCAUAUAACCUCCUCCUCCUCCUCCUCCUCCUCAUCAUCAUCAUCAUCAUCAUCAUCUACUUCAAGAUCAUCUUCAUGUAUGGAUGGACCAUACAAUAAUAAUACUAAUAGUAAUGGUAAUAGUAAUAAUAAUGAUGUUUAUUAUUAUGGUUCAAAUGAAUUCAUCUUCAAUAAGAAAGAUUGUAUAAUUAGUCGAUAUAUAAGACGAAAGCAUAAAAAGCAUCCUGGUAUGGCAAAUGAAUCAAUUGGUCUUGUUAUUGAUGGAAAAAGUUUACAAUAUGCAUUACAUACCUCAGUACGUGAUGCAUUUCUAGAAUUAUGCAUGAAUGUUACAACAGUGUUAUGUUGUCGUAUGACACCACUACAAAAAGCAUCUAUUGUUAAAUUAGUUCAAAUUGGUUUGGCGAAACAUACACGUUAUGGUAUGAAACCAGUUAUAGCUGCAGUUGGUGAUGGUGGUAAUGAUGUAGCUAUGAUUUUACAAGCUAAUAUUGGUGUUGGAGUCUAUGGAAAAGAAGGUCGUGAAGCAGUUAGAGCCGCGGAUUAUUCAGUGACACAGUUCAGACAUAUUCAACGAUUAUUUUUGCUACAUGGACAUUGGUCAUAUUAUCGUAUUACAAUAACCAUGUUAUUUUUUUAUCAUAAAUCUGUAGCAUUUGUAACUAAUCAAUUAUGUUUAAUUUAUUUUAAUGGUUAUUCAGAUAUUCCAUUAUUUGGUACCAUUUUAUUUGUAUGUUAUAAUUUAACAAUGACAUUUUUAGUUAGUUUAGGUUAUGGAAUGUUUGAACGUCAUAUUCAAGAAAAGAUUCUAUUGAAUAAACCAUAUUUAUAUAAAGAAAUAUCCCAUCAAGCAAAUUUAAGAGCAUGGUAUAUUCUUUUAUGGAUUCUAGAUGGUAUAUGGCAUGGUGUUGUAACAUUUUUUAUACCAUUCUUUUGCUUAGCUGGUGGUAAUUUAUAUGCUGAAGCUAUUUUCUAUGAAACUAAGAAUAAUUCAUAUAGAAUUUAUGAUUUUACAAUGAUUGGUAAUGCAUCAUUUAUUUAUUUAUGGAUUGCUGUAACAUUACGUUCAACAAUAUGGACAAGAGAUUUUAAUAUGAUGUUAAUUAUGUGUCAUAUUGGGACAACAUUAAAUGUUGUUAUUUUAUUUCUUUUUCAAACAUUUGUUCCUUCUACAAGUAAUGAAUAUCAAAGAUAUGCUCAAUUAUGUCGAAGUCCUGCAUUUUGGUUUGCAUUCCCAUUAACUGUUUUUAUAGCCAAUAUUCCAGGAUUAAUUUGGCGUUUAGCCUCAGAUACAUGGUGGACUAUACGUAUUGAAUUGAAAAAUUUACCUAAAAAAAAUAAGCGUAAAUCUUAUUUGAAUAAUCCAUUAGUUUGGUUGAAAGCAUUCGUUUUUGGUCAAACAGAAGAAAAUGAAUCAAUCCUUCAGAAAAAUGAAAAUGAUAUAAACACUUUUAAAGAACAAAUAAAUCAUAGUUACCAGUCAUAAGACAUGUUAUUGUUACUAUGUGUAUCCCUUGGAUACAAAGAAUAAUUAGUUUAUCUUGUGAAUUUUUGUAAAAAAUUCAAACUGUUACAUUUAAAGAAAAGAUUCAUAAUCUUCAUUUACGUUUUUCUAUUUCAUUUUGUAACUAAAUACUAUAAAUAUACUUUCAUUUCUUCAUCAAGUGCAAUAAUACAAAGGUACAUUGUAAUAUAAAUUUCGGUUAAACUAUUUGCCUACUCAUGAGUAAGCAAACUUUGAUAGACAAAUUAUUUGUUACUUGCCUUGAUUAUUAUUAAAACCUGUUGUGUACAAUGUGAUUAAUUUGAUGAAUCAUCGUUGUACCUUUGAUAUAUUACACAAAGUGUUCGUGUGUUUCUAAGACGGUUAACAUUUACCCAUACAUAAUAAGUGUACAAAAUAUAUUGCAUGCAUUACUUGAACAUGAAUGGUUUUGUUUGUAUUGUGUUAUGAUGUACUGAAUUUCAACAAUUUCAUGACAACGUCA